UUGGAAUGUUCGUGCAUUUCCGCGUGAUUGUGUUUGGCAUUGAAGGUUCGAGUCAGCAGUGGGAUCAUUUGGAUUGGCUGAGCGGCUGGCGCAUCGCCAAUUGAGACACCUUGACUCUUAUGUCAUUCCCUUGCUACUUUUCUUUCCUCCUUGUCUCCCUAUUCUUUGUCUUACCUUCCUUCUUUAUUAUCGUCUUCCCGUUGUUUCCAGCCCGCCAUGCUUCCAUUGUGUUGCUAUUAAAUCACCUUCACUAUGCUCUGUGUAGUAUCUCAUCGGCUAUACCGGCGAUGUCAAUGAAGUCUAAUUCACUCCAUCAAAUCUAGAAGGACUUUUUCUCUUUAUUGGUAGUUCCCAGGAUAUUUCCAACCUUCCUAAAGUCUAGUUCGAGUAUUGAUGGUUGUGGCUU